CUCCAAAAGGGCAAAAAGGGGGCGGCUCUGCUCGGAUCCAUCAUCCUCUCUCGCAUUUCCCCGUUCCAUUGUCCUCCGAACCCACGUCCACGGCCCCAUACCUCUCGGCGCUGGGUCUUUUCCCCUUCGCCGCCGCCUUCUCCUCCCCUCCGUCUGCCCGGUAUCCCUCUCUCUGAUCGCUGUCCGCCCCGCUCCGGAGAAGGACUCGCUCCCCUUUUCUACGUUCUCGCCCCCCGUUUUAGCUGUCUGUCAAUCGCUUGCCGCUACGGCUUCUGCUUUAAAUUUCGAAGUUGUCCCACGGAUCCAUAGAUUUGAGGCGGACAUCGGUGGGCCUGCGGUUCCUUGAAGGGAUUUGGCUGGCUCGUAGGAGGGUUUCUUUCUUUCGUUCUUUUUGAUUCUUGAUUCGUGGAAUUAGGGUUUUGAGGGUUUUUUUGGAGAUGCCGCGGAGCUCUCGGCACAGAUCCCACAGGUCGCACAAGCAUAGGGACGAGAGGGAUCGAUCCGACUCCGAGGAGGAUGGGAACUCGAGGGAGAGGCAGCCGAGGGAGGAAGAGCCUGCCGCCACUGCGUUAGCUAGGGUUUCUAGAGAUCUGGAGCCGGAGAGGCGGAAAUCCACAAAUUCGCCUCAGGGGAAAGAUUUGAUUGGUGCCAGCAACGGUGAUAUCGUUGCUAUCACUAGGGAGCAUGGAAGGAAAAGGAAAGAACGGACUGAGGACGUGGCGGUGGCUGAUCGGUGGAAUGGGGCAGAGGAGGAUGUUCUUGUGGCUGAUAAAAGGUCCAAAGGGGAGGAAUUUGGACCUGUAGACUUGGAUAAGAGCUCAAAGUCAAAGCUUUCGGCUUCUGAUUCCAAAAGCAGGUCGAGCAGAAGGUGUGAAGGCUCAAGUGAGAGAAAUGAGGAGAGUGGAGGUAAGGUUGAUUCGGCAAAGCGGAGGUCGGAUAGGGAUUCGAGCCGGAGAGAGAGUGAUAGUCAGUAUAAGGAGACAAGGGACAGGGAUAGAGAACGGGCAUCUGAUAGGGAUAAGAAGACCCAAGAUUCCAAGCAUGCAAGACCUGAUGAUGUGAGUAGAAAGUAUAGCACUAAAACAGCAAGUCCUGAAGAGGAACGUGCAGCAAAGAAGAAUAUAGAAAAUAGUGAAUGGCAAGUACAACAUGAGAUGCACAACCCUGAUUUUGAAAAAGAGCUUGAGAAACGUGUCAGGAGGUGGAGAGAUGAUUCUGAAGAUAAAGAUAAAUGGUUGGGUGAUGGCAGAGACAGUGAUGAUAGGAGUGAUACAAGACUAUAUUCUAGAGAUGAUCAUACUAAAUAUAGAAGCUUCAAAGACGAAAGGCAUGAAGAUGGAAAGUAUAGAGAUAAAUACAGGGAUGAUGUUCACAAGGACCAAAAACACUGGGAUGACAAGCGCCGAGAUGAACGUUCGUCUCGGGAUCGUACUGGUGACAGGACUGACAGUAAGCAUAAUAGAGAUGAAAACAAAUCCUCUGAGAGUCAUUAUAAAAAACAUAAGCUUCAGGACAGUGAUCAUGAUGGAAGCCCUUGUUUUGAUGAUCGUGGCACCAAGCUUAAGGAUAGCAGGGGAAGGAAGAGGUUCUCUGAGGGCCAUGAGGAUCAUGGUGAUUCGAAGGCUCGUGGUGCAAAGGAACUAUGUGAAGAUGGGGGAAAAGUUUUAUCCAGUACUAGUAAAAUAUAUUCCCAUACCAAUAGAUCUAGGACAGAGCAUCGACACUCAGACAAGGUUGAUUCUAGUCCAAACAAUAACAGACCAAAGAGCUCUGCCAGCUCCAGUGCUCAUGUUGUCAAAGAUCAUAGCAGGCAUAGCUCAAAGCAAGCAGAUUCUGCAUUCAGAGAAUCACCAUCUGAAGAGAGAAUUCGCCCUGGUGCAGCUUCUUCAGGAGAUCGUGCAACUGCAGUUAGAGAUGGUCAGCGAGUUUCCGAGUCUCGGUCAACAGAUAAGUUUAAGCCAAAGGAUCACAUCCAUUUGAUGGAAGCUGCUGCUUAUUCUCAUUAUGAUAGGACCCCAAAAUCUGAUGCUUAUACUUCACCAAAUAAGUUAAAAGAAAAAUCUCCAUCUACUGGUGAGAGACGAUUUCCGGAUAGAACUAGUGCCAGAUGUAGUCUUGAUGCUGAAGUAGGACGAAAGCACAGCAGUUCGAAGGAUGGAGAUAGAGAAAGAGAAUUGCCUCUGGAGAGACCGAUUCUGGAUGACCGAUCUCAAAUGGAGUUUCGUAACAGGGAGCCCACUCCUGGUAGUUCAUCAUCUAACCGAGCUGGUCACUUCUCUGGCAGUUCACCUAAUCACCUCCCCCCUCCCCCGCCUGUGAGGCUUGGGAUUGAUAGUCCUUCGGUUUUGGGCUUGUAUGAAGGUGACAAUAGAGUCCAGGUUAGUGAUCGUAAAUCCUAUAACCGUCAGAGGAGGAGCAGUGAUGUUAGUUUGGGAAGAGGUCAUGGAAAUGCUUGGAAAAGUGGCCCGGCCUGGCCUUCUCAUCUAGCAAAUGGUUUCAUGCCCCUCCAACAUGGUCCACCUCCAGCUGGAUUUCAUCCAGCUAUGCAGCAGUUUCCUGGUCCUCCCUUAUUUGGUGUUAGACCUCCAAUGGAUUUGAGCCACACUGGGAUUUCCUAUCACAUACAAGAAGCAUCUGACAGGUUUACUGGUCAUGGCCGCCCUUUUGGGUGGCAUAAUACAGUUGGUGAAUCAUGCCCUCCUCACUUGCAAGUGUGGGAUGGUAGUAACAGUAUAUUUGGUGAUGAAUCCCAUAUAUAUGGGAGGCCAGAAUGGGAUCAGAAUAGGCAUGCAGUAGGCAGCAGAGGUUGGGAGAUGAAUGCUGAUAUGUGGAAGGGACAAAAUAGUAACAUCAAUAUGGAUUUUCCUGUACUUCAGAAGGAACUGGAACCUUCAACACGUGUUCUUGCAGAUGACACUUGGAUUGGGCAACCUGGCCAGCGGUCCUAUGGUGAAGGGGUCCGAUCAGAACGCUUGUCAUCUGAAGGUAUUGAUGCAAAGAGAUUAAGUGAUACACUUUCUUCAAAAAAUGCUGCUGGAAGUCCUCCAAAAACUGUACAGAAAAGGAUAGCUUCUGAAACACCAGACAACAAUAAUGCCAAUUUUUGUGCCAAAUACCUAUCCAGGAUUGACAUCUCGCUUGAUCUUGCUGAUUCUGAGUUGUACAAGAACUGCAUGUCCCUAUUGGGGAAACUGGACAUGACUGAUGCAUGCGAUAAAUCGAAGCAUGAACACUCCCAGAAUAAUAAAGAAGAUAUUAAAGUGAGAAGACAAGGCGCAAGUCACAUCUUGAACUCACUCUUUCCUGCAAGAAGAGAUGCUAUUUUUCAGAGAGCCAUGUCGCUGUAUAAGAAGCAGAAUGAAGGAUUACAUGUGACUUUCCCUGCAUCACCAGCUGUCUGUCCAGAAGAGAGGAAAGACUCUCAGCAAGCUUCAGAUCAGGGGGGAGCAUUGGAAGUUGGUGAGCAGAUUUCCUCAGAAAACAUGGCUUCAGCAAAUGAAGGAAAAGACUCAACUGUUGAUGCUGAUGUUUUCAAUUCCAUUAGUAAUAUGGUAGAAGCAAAAAGCACAGCUACAAAUGCUGAUGUUGCCAAUUCUGCUAGUGUCGUGGAAGAGGCAAAGAACACAACAGCCACCGAUGCUGUUGGUGCCAAUUCUGCUAGUAAGAUGGAAGAGGUGAAGAACACAAUCACUGAUGCCAGAGGUGCCAGUUUUGCUGGUGACGUGGAAGCAGCAAAGAGCAUAAUUACUGAUGCUUGUGAUCUUCCUGGUGAUGCCAAGGAGCAGCAAUCUGAUUUUGUUUCUGAUGCUGCCGUUUUUGCCAAUGGUUCUCAGGCUUGUGAGGUUUUGAAGGCAGAAUGUAGGGUAAAUUUAAGUCGGAUACAUGAUUCUCCUGAAAGUACACAUUGAAACAUUUUCUAUUUGGUUUUCUAAUGCCAUCAGGGUCAUGGGCCCCUUUUAUGCCUGUUUUUGAUA